UAACUGUAACAGAAAGAAAAAGGAGAAGAGAAAAGUAGUCUCUGCGAUUCACACUGAGUAAUGUAUCAGGAUCGCCAAGGCGUUGUAGGCGGAGGAGGCGGAUCUGCGCCACACGGGAUCAUACUCGCCGUCGUAGUUGCGUUGGUAGUGCUCGUUCCCUUCUUCAUCGGAGACGGCGGCGAAGCCAUCACAGAUGCGAUCGCAGAGCUUCUAAGCCCAGUGGGACUUCUAUUACUCCCCAUCGUCCUCCUCCUUACUAUCCAGUUCCUCUCUUCCGAACGCGGUUCCUUCGUAUCCGCCAUUUUCUCCACCGGAGAACCCGAAUCGAUUCACCGGGUUAGCGGAUCUCCCGUCGGCGUCGCUCUGCUUCUAGUCAUGAUAUUGUUCUUACUUUACAACCGGUUCUCCAUCUUCGGCGGAGGUGAUGAUUCUGACGACUGAUCCGGCGUCGUUUUCCAGAUCUAGUUUUCUCUUUUUUUUUCCCUUUUUGGGCUUUGGAAAACAAAUAAAUUCAUUUUUUUUUUAUUUUUUUUUUGCUUUCUUAUUUGACAGUUGAAGUCAACUAUACAGCAGUUUGAUGUAUGUAUCGGAGUCACGUGACAUGUGAUUAAUUAAUGACGAGGUUUCAUUAAUAUCCUUAA